AUGUACUUUGCCAGUCUACUCAGCAAGACCGUAGCUUUACCACUACUAGUCUCUGCACAAUGUCCCGAGUACAUCGACUAUGCAAACGAAGUUCAUGAGCCCUUGAGCUCUGGCAGGUACAAGCUUGCUAGCCAGCGUCCAUCUGAGGAAUGUCAAACGUUCAAAUCACAGGGUCUUGAGGAUACGCUUAUCCGUAUGGAAGGCGUCAUUAAAGAUCCUGAUAUGUAUCGCCUGUUCCAGAACGCAUAUCCAAACACUCUCGACACUGCUAUCAAGUGGAAAGGAUAUGCCGCAGACAACGCGGAGGAAGAGCUGACGUUCAUUAUCACUGGAGACAUUAACGCGAUGUGGCUGCGGGACUCUUCAAAUCAACUACAAAGUUACUUGCCACUCUUGAAUGCCAGUAGUGACCCCAACUCGAUCGCAAGUCUCUACCGCGGUGUCAUCAACCUGCAGGCACGGUAUCUUCUUACAUCGCCUUACUGCAAUUCCUUCCAACCACCCGUGGAAAGCGGCAUCGAACCAGCACCAAACGAAGCAGCCAGCGAGGACACAGUGUUUCCUACCUAUUCCAACAGCUCUGUGUUUGAAUGCAAAUAUGAGCUCGACUCACUCGGGGCCUUUUUGCAAAUAUCCGCCGACUAUUACAGAGCAACGGGCGACUACGAAUUCUUCGGAAAGUUCCAGUGGGCAUCAGCUGUUGAAGCAGUCUUGAAGGUCUCCCAAGACAUGAUGCGGCCCACCUAUGGAUCAGAGGGGGAGGUCCUGCAGAGCCCGUAUACAUUCGCUCGCCUCACUUCUCGCGCCACUGAGACCUUCGCAAACGAUGGACUCGGUAACCCGGUAGCAAACGGUACCGGCCUCAUCAGGAGUGGUUUCCGGCCGAGUGAUGACGCCACCAUCUUCCAGUUCUACGUCCCGGCCAACAUGAUGUUCAGCACCUACUUGGCAUCCACCUCGGAGAUUAUGGGCAAGUUGAGUACCGAAAACUCAGCAUCGCUGGCGCAGAGGAUGUCCGAUCUGUCGGACUCGUUGCGAAAUGCUAUCGAGACGCACGGGACCGUCAUUCACCCAACGUAUGGCAAGAUCUACGCGUUCGAACUGGACGGCUUUGGCUCCACGACAAUCAUGGAUGACGCAAACAUCCCAUCCCUUCUCUCUGCGCCCUUCCUCGGCUACCCCGUCAACGACGAGACAUAUGCGAACACGCGUUCUCUCAUCCUCAGCGCGGCGAAUUCUUACUUUAUGCGUGGGCCUGUAAUCAACGCCAUCGGUGGUCCACAUCUGGGACCAGGCAUGGCAUGGCCAAUGGCUUCUAUCAUGCGCAUACUGACGAGCGACAACGACGACGAGAUCAAGAACGAAUUGAGGCAGGUUGUGAGUAGCACCGACGGCCUUGGUCUGAUUCACGAGAGCGUCAAUAGCUUCAACCAGAGCGAUUGGACGAGACAAUGGUUUUCGUGGGCGAAUGGUCUGUUUGGACAGAUGAUUCUUGAUUUGGAGGAGAGGAAGCCGGAGAUUCUGGAGACGAGUUUCCAGUGA